CACGACUUUAUUACCCCCGCCCCGACACUACCAGGAACCUUCCCCGUAACCAAAGUCAUCUCUGCCGUGUUAUUUCGCAAUCCCUGCCAGAGACACGCAACAAUGGGGUCUCUGAGUAAAUCUUCCCUGGCCAGGGUGUGCAUGUUUAUAUUAUGGAUGCCUGUGCUGCUGGAAUUGCAUGUUUUGGGUGGCGCUGUGGCUCAGUCAGUGUCUCCAUCUUAUGGCAUGCAAGGUUCAGACUUGGGCCUGCAGGUGUUCCUUCAAAUGGUCCAAAAGAAGCCACAUGAAAAUAUGGUGCUCUCCCCUCAUGGUGUAGCCUCCAUUCUGGGAAUACUGUUGCCAGGGGCUCAUGGAAAUACCAAGCAACAGCUCCUUUCAGGACUCCGAUAUAACAAAAAAGGUCCCGAUAAGAUGCUAUGGAAGCUGCAUAAGGCCCUGACAUCGAAGGCCAACACCACCUUCAUCGCCAAUGCACUCUUUCCACAGGAAGGCUUCAACAUUCAACCCAAUUUCCUGGAUACCAGUAGGUACAAUUACUUGUGUGAUAGCCAUGCCCUUAACUACAGCAACCCACAGCAGUCUGCAGAUUACAUCAAUGGGUGGAUCAAGAACCGCACAAAGGGCCACAUCCAGAGUCUUUUGAAGCCAGAUAUGUUGGACCCAUCGCUGACACGGCUGGUGGUAGUAAACUCGAUCUAUUUUAAAGGAAUGUGGAAGUCCCGCUUCCAGGUCCAGAACACCAAGAUUAGGAGCUUUACAGGUGGAGAUGGGAAGUCUUACAAAGUGCCAAUGAUGUCCCAACUCUCUGUCUUUAAAACUGGUUGGGCAAAUACUCCUGAUGCUGUGAAAUAUAGGGUUAUAGAAUUACCAUAUCAUGGCAACCACACAAGCAUGUUCAUUGCAUUUCCUUCAGAAAGGGUGACACCGUUGUCAAUGAUCUUACCUCAUCUCACCACAGCGACAGUACAUGAUUGGGCCCAGCUGAUGCAUCAGGGAAAGAUGCAUCUCCUGCUGCCAAAGUUCACAGCAGAGAUGGAGAUGGAUCUGAAAGGGCCCUUGACUGCUCUGGGUAUAACAGACAUUUUUAUUAAGGGAAAAGCUGACUUUCGACACCUCAGUUCAGAACCCGUUCAUCUCUCCAAGGCCCUACAGAAAAUCAAGAUAGAGGUUAAUGAGGAUGGAACUAAAGCAGCUGCUGCAACUACUGCAAUUUUGAUGGCCAGGUCCUCUCCUCCACUGGUGAUUAUUGAUAGACCAUUCUUGUUCCUCAUCAGACACAAUCCUACAGGUACUAUUCUUUUUGCUGGUCAAAUAAACAAACCUCAAGCACGCAAGUGAUGAGAACAAGGAGACACUGACACAUAUACAUUUCACUUCAGCUUUGUGUUUGGCUAUAGCAUUUUUUCUAUAACAUUUCCUUGCUAUUAGAAAACAUUAAAUAGCAAUAUUACUUUACAUUAUAUAUCUAUAUUCUUGAUAAUGGGCUGUAUGUUCACACCAGUACAAGUGUAAUUUGCUGGUAACAAAUGUGAAUAAACUUACUAAUUUACUGAA